CAAAUGUCAGUAAAAUCCGUUCAGCCAUUAAUUGUAACACAAACAAGCAGUUUCGCAGUACACAUAAUUUAGUGUUUUGUUAUUCUUAAAUACAAUUUGAUUAAUACUAAUACUGGAAUUUUACUAAUUACAUUUCAAUGCAAAUAUACAAAAUGUUGUGGUUUUUUAAUUGCUUAACAAAAGCUCCAGUCACAAUAUUUACAAAAACAUUAAUAACGUUGCCUUAAUUUUGUCUUAAAAAAAGUUUAUGACACUUCGUGAGUUGUCCUGUGUAUUACAACGUAUCAUAUUUUUAACAGAUACCUGAAAACAGGGAAUAUCAUCACUAACUAACAUGAAGGCUGUUAUCAUUACCGUGAUCGCAAUGGCGAUCCCCAUGGUGUUUUGCUACGACGAAAUCUUUGACAAAGUCGACGUCGACAAGAUUAUUAAUGAUGAUACUCUGUUCACUGGUUAUAUUGACUGCAUGCUUGAUAAAGGGCCGUGCAAUUUGGAACAUUCCGCAGAAUUUAAAAAGUUACUUCCUGAAGUGAUUGCAACUGCUUGUGCUAAAUGUAGCCCAAUCCAAAGGCAGCACGUGAGGAAAACUGUAAAAGCCCUGAGUGAGAAGAAACCAGAUGAUUUCAAAGUCUUUAGGACUAAGUUUGACCCUAAAGGCGAUUACGAAGCGGCAUUUACAGCCUUCAUAAUUGGCACCGACUAAAUUUUCAGAACUGUGAUGACUAUUAUUUAUGCUUUUGACUAAACGGUAACCUAAAACUAUUAAUCAAAGAUUAUUAAUUAUAAACGCACUAUGU